ACUAAUUAUUGGAAUCCUGACGCUUUGUAGAAGGCAAGGGAACAUUAAAUUGUUAACCUGGAGCCAGAGAGUUAAGAAUGGGUUUAAGACGCUUGCCUUGAACACACUUCAAUCCUUGGCAUCGCAUAUAAUACUCAAGACCCGAGAGGUGUGAUCCCUUGAGCACAGCUGGGUGUGGGCCCCCCCUCCAACAAAUAAAUUUUUUUUAAAACCUUUGCAGUGUGGGGACAAGGGGUAGGGAGGGCGCCGACCUGGAAGCGGAGGCUGAGGAAACGACGGUGCUAACCCUUUUUAAAAAUCCUGUGGUGGUGCCUGGAAUUGCACCCGGGGCCUCACACGUGCAGGCUAAAUCUCCUACUGAGCCAUCUCCCCAGCCCCCACCCCCCACCUCGAUUCUUCAAAAUCGCUAGGUUCGCACGGAAUUCCAGACAGGUUUCUCAGGUGGCUUCCGAAGCCACCCGCUUUGUUUUCCGGCCGUGGUCCGGGCUGUGGAGUUUAAAUUCCGCGCGCUCCACCUGGAUUGGCCACGCCAGCGAGCGGCGGACAGACUGCGGGCCCUCUCUCCUCCUCGCCUAUUUCCCCGGGCCGAAGGUUUUCAAAUCCAACCAAUCAGAAGGCGCGCUCUCGCCGCUCGGGCGCCGCACGGAAGAGCUGAGAGCAACCAACCAGAGGCGCGCUGCAGAGUAAAGGACCAAUCAGGAGGGCGCGAGGGGUGAGCGCACGGGGCUUAUAAGGGCGGCUUCUGGGGCACGCACGGCGACAGUUGGACUGCGGCGGCGUGCUUCCCUCCGGGCCGUUCCGAGCUCUUCUCUCCUCCUCCGCUACCUCGCGCAGCAUGUCGGGCCGCGGCAAGACCGGCGGCAAGGCCCGCGCCAAGGCCAAGUCGCGCUCGUCGCGCGCCGGCCUCCAGUUCCCGGUCGGCCGGGUGCACCGGCUGCUGCGGAAGGGCCACUACGCCGAGCGGGUGGGCGCCGGCGCGCCGGUCUACCUGGCCGCGGUGCUCGAGUACCUCACGGCCGAGAUCCUGGAGCUGGCGGGCAACGCGGCCCGCGACAACAAGAAGACGCGCAUCAUCCCCCGCCACCUGCAGCUGGCCAUCCGCAACGACGAGGAGCUCAACAAGCUGCUGGGCGGCGUGACGAUCGCUCAGGGGGGCGUCCUGCCCAACAUCCAGGCCGUGCUGCUGCCCAAGAAGACGAGCGCCACCGUGGGGCCGAAGGCGCCCGCCGGCGGCAAGAAGGCCUCUCAGGCCUCGCAGGAGUACUGAGCCGCGGCGCCGCCGGACGCCCGGUCCUCCCGGUGCCACCACAAAGGCCCUUUUAAGGGCCACCUAAGCCCUCACGAAAGAGCUGAGGCACCGGGGCGGCGCGGCCUUUCCCUUCCCUGCACCGCCCCGGUGCCGGGGGCGCUCGGCCCCGACCCGUGAGGUGAUCGCCGGGGCCGCCGAGCUCCGGGGGCUGCCUCAGGCCGCCUCGCGCUCGUGACUCCGCCUGCCCGCCCGCCCGCCCGCCUCAGGCCCCGGGGCGCCGCAGCCUUGGCGCUCCUGGCCGCGGGGAAGCUGACGGCUGGCGCCCGCGGCCCCUCCGCUGCCUGAUCCCCGGCCUACCGCGUCCGCCCGCCUGUCCGUAUCCUCGUCCUCAGGCCCGCGCGGGGCGGCCGGAAGCUGCCGCGAUCGGGCGACCCCUGCCUCUGGAGACGAGCGCCGGCGAGGAGGGAGCACGCGGGGAGAGGCCCGGCCCCCGGGGCCACUUCCGCCGCCGCGGCGUGGACGCCAGCGGCGCUCUGACCCUCCCGCCCCCCGCCCCCGGAUACCACGGACUCCUGGCCGCAUCGCCCCUCCGGACCGGCAUCUCGCGGCAAAUGCUCGUCCUGGGGAGUUUCACACGGACUAGUUUUAUUAAAGCAUUCUUUUUUUAAAAA